GAGGAGGUGAUAUCUAGUCUGGACAACACAGCCUAGCACCACAGGGUGCAGCCUAGCAUUGCACACAUGCUCCAAUGGACCGCACAGUGGUACUCAUCACCGGCUGUUCCUCUGGCAUCGGCCUGCACCUCGCCCUGCGCCUGGCGUCAGACCCAUCCCGGGGUUUCAAAGUAUAUGCCACGCUAAGGGACCUGAGCACGCAGGGGCCUCUGUGGGAGGCAGCCCAGUCCCUAGGAUGCCCUCCUGAUACCCUGGAGACGCUGCAGCUGGACGUGAGGGAUGCAGAUUCCAUAGCCGCUGCCCAGGCACGUGUGACUGAGGGCCGUGUGGAUGUGCUGGUGUGUAACGCCGGCCGGGGCUUGAUGGGGCCGCUGGAGAUGCACCCGGCCAGCGCUGUGGCCUCCGUGCUGGACGUGAACUUGAUGGGGACCGUGCAGAUGCUACAGGCCUUCCUGCCGGACAUGAAGCGUCGCCGCUCGGGCCGCAUUUUGGUGACCGGGAGCUCAGGCGGCUUGAUGGGGCUGCCGUUCGGCCCGGUUUACUGCGCCAGCAAGUUCGCCAUUGAAGGUCUGUGUGAGAGUCUGGCAAUUCAGCUGCUGCCCUUCGGGGUCCACGUGAGCCUCAUCGAGUGCGGCCCGGUGCGCACCCCCUUCCUGGAGAAGCAGGAGGGCGGCCCCGGCGGGACGCUGGACGGCGCGGACCCCGAGACCCGCGAGCUCUUCUCCCACUACCGGCGCAAGUGCGAGCAGGUCAUGCGCGAGGAGGCGCAGGACCCCGCGGAGGUGGCAGAGGUCUUCGUCGCCGCGCUGCGCGCCCCGCGGCCGGCCCUGCGCUACUUCACCUCCGAGGGCUUCCUGCCUCUGGUGCGGCUGCGCCUCUCCGACCCCAGCGGCCUCAGCUACAUCGACGCCAUGGGCCAAGCACUGUCCGCCGGCCCUGUGGCCGAGGACCCCAAGGGCGCCCCGGCUGAGACCGGGGCCGGGGCCGGAGAACGGGGGAACCCUGAGCUUGGCUCUCCUCCUGCUGCCCUGCAAUAAAGUGUCGGCCCACUGCCGUCUCUUCAAGCUCUCCCUUGCGCCGCCCCCCACGCGCGUUUCUGGGGGGGCGGGGUGGCCUCCUGGUUGCAUAACCUUGCGCAACUGCUGGUACGCCCAGAGAGGGGUGAUGGGAAAAGAUCACACUAGCCAGGAAUAUUUCAACCUGCGUGGAAACUGAGACUCAGAAAGAGGAAGGAGACGAGUCCAUCCUAUCUCAGCCUGCACAAUGGCCGUCCCCGGACACGUGGGUCGCCUCCUACCCCAGGGCUUUAGAACUGGCUGUCCCCUCUGUCUGCCUUACCUUCCCUGAUUGCCUCUCCUCCUUUAGGGCUUUGCUGUUUUCCUGCAACCCUACUUAAGAUAGCAUUCUCUCCCCUCCACUGUAGCCCCCUGACCUGGUUUUAUUUUUGCAUUAUAGCACUUAUUACCAGACGUGCUAUGUUUCCUGGCUUAUCGACUAUUGUUAUAGAUUUAUUUAUAGCUUUCAUUCUCCAAUUCUAGGCACACAGCAAUCUAAGCGUCAGGAAGACAGAGACUUUAUUUUGUUCAAGUACCCCUUGAGCCUAAAACUGAAGAUAGGGGGAACUAAAUACACACUAAUAAAAGCGACAUGGGAGACCGUGUGACCAGGUGUUCAGGGCAUUUUUGCAGUCUGCAUUUUGUUUCUUCAAAUCAGGUCUUCACUUUAAAAUCUAAGAUGCCUCCUGAAAGAAGCCAGAUUCCAUUCUGUGUGGCUUUAUAACUUUUUUUUUUUAAAGAUUUAUUUUAUUUAUUUAUUUAUGCAAGCACUGGGUACAAUCAAGCGCGGGAGGGUGAGAGAAUUCACCAGAGCCAGAGCGGGGAGCAGAGCAGGCAGAAGGACCGAAGUACACAGCGGGCGGCAGGAGAGUUCUGCGCGCCAUGUGGGACCCUCCUCCGGUGGCCGGGGAGCAGCUGGAGAUCGAACCGGCGCUGCAGAGGCUGCGGGCAGCCUCGCAACCCAGCGCUCAACCCCUGCGCCACCAGGGAGGCCCUGUGACUCUUCCACCUUUGACUACAGGUGCAGAUCCAGGUUCUGUGGGCCAGAAGCUUACACACUUUGGGGGGGGCUGCUUUAAAAUACAAAACAAUAAAUUGAAAAUUAGGUAUGAAAGUGAACAUUUAUGGGGGGCGGGGAACUAAGCACAUUGCUGGAAUCUUGGAGACUUGUUUCUCUCCCUUUUGAGAUCUCCGGGGAAAAU